AUGUAUCGUUGUUCGUGUCUACCUGGGUACGAACCCAAGAAUCCAUGGGACUGGUUGCAGAGGGAUGGAUUAGGUGGUUGUGUCAGGAAGCGUCAAGAGUCUUCCACUGUGUGCGGGCAUGGAGAAGGGUUUGUGAAAGUGGAAAUCAAAUUGCUUUGUGAUACUUCAGCAGCAGUUUGGUUGGAUAUGAGCAUGAGUCGUGCAGACUGCGAACAGGAAUGCAAGCAGAAUUGUUCAUGCUCAGCAUACGCAGGUGUAGAUGUUCCUGGUAAAGGGAGUGGUUGCUUGACAUGGUAUGGGGGAUUAAUAGACACAGUUCAAUCUGACAGGAAUGACAUAUAUGAUCUGUAUGUUCGUGUUGACGUACUGGAAUUAGCUGAGUAUGCAAUAAAAUCUAAUGGUUCUCAUGAAUGGAAGGAGAUGCUGGCAAUGCUUGUACCAUCUGUCGCUUCAGCAUGGUUUGUCAUUAGCCUAUGUGCUUAUUUCUGCGUAGGAAGAGGAGGAAAAGAAAACCAAGAAAGUGCUUUGGUGGCGAAUGAGCUGCAGGAAAGUAGGAAUGAUGCUGACUUGGAAUUUUUCAAGCACAGCACCAUAUCUGCUGUAAUUCAUCUUGGUCGGUCGGCUUCGAUGACCAUUCGAUCCAAUGUAGACCAAAUUAAUCUAUUGUCUCUAGAGAUGAUUGUAAAAAGGAGAGGAAUUGAGGACCUGUCUGCCAGAGUUGUACGAGAAACUACUGGAAGCAGUACAACCUUGAAGCCUCUGGACUGA